GCUGAUGGCAACCUGUUGUUCCGCCAUCUUGAUUUCACCAUCACUCUGCCAAGAGAGGAAAUUGGAGAACAGGAGGUCCACCUGGCUAUCCUCUCAGGCACAUACUCCACAUCGCUUGUGCCCUUGUAUGUUAAAAUGAGGUCUCAGGUUAAGGUUGUAACUCAGCUCAGCAAACAAGAGCUGAUCUGUCCCCUCUGUUUGAGAAAAUUUAUGGUAGCCAAUGCCUACAUGUUACACUUGAAGGAAAGACACCAUAUUUUGCCCACAGCCUUUACAUUCCUCAGUUCACCCACCUUUAGGUGUGUCCACUGUGGUGGGAUCUACCCUGGAAGCUUGACUGUAGAGGCUAUCACUCUUCAUUUGUUGCAUUGUGCACAUGUGCCCAAAGACAGCUCAAACCUGCAAGUUCAGUCCAGUGUUGUUGAGAACAGUGAACUGCAGUUUGCCAGUGAGGAAAAGGUUACUGAUUCUACCUGUCCCUUCAAAAGAAAGUGGCCAGAUGGCCAUCUGGGGCCAGAAGACCAGAGGAGGGAUGGGAAAUGGCCCUGGCAUGUACUGGGUAAUGAAGCAUCAGAUCCAGAAGAAGGGACUAGUGCUGUGACUUUGAAGAGACAAAGGAAUGAAAGCACAACUAAGGAACUGGAAGCCAGUAAUGAUUUACUCCAGAUCCUAGCAUUAGAUCCUACCAAAUGCAAAGACUACUCUUCUGAGGAAAAAAAGCAGUUUCUUAGAGAUUAUUUCCAAAAGAAACCAUAUUCUAGCAGAAAAGAAAUUGAAUUAUUGUCUUUAUUCUUGAAGAUGGAAAAAAUUAUUGUGGCUUUGUUUUUUGGAAGAAGAAGAUAUAUUUGCUUAAAGGCAAUAGAAGACCACAGACCCUCAAUACAUCUAGGUUUUCAUAUGUCUGAAAUUAAAAAUGUUAAACACAGACUGAUCUUUGAGUAUGAAUCACAAAAGUCCUAG